AUGACAACGUCACAAACUGAAAUCACACAAAUUCAAAUAAUACAACUGCCGGUUCAAGUAUUAGCAAUAAUGCAGGAGGAGCAUCUAAAACUACUAAUAGCAACAAUUGGUUCACAACAUAAUAUUGCAACAAUCAGUGAAGUGGGAAAACGUAAAAAACUAAAAUCACGCAAUACUGCAGCAACUACAACAGCACUACCUACAACUAUAUUACCACCAACUAUUGGCAGUGGUAAUAGCGGCUAUUCAAAAGAUCAUUUGGAUGCCUGGCUAGAAACUUGUCUAAAGGAUGCCUCAACAGCACAAUUAUCAUCUUCAUCGGAAUUUCUCGAUUAUAAUCCCACUAAUAACAAUAUGAUGACAGCAAAUGCUGCAACUUCUGCAGCAGCAGCUGCAGCAAUGUCUGUUAAUAAUUUGAAUCAUAAAAAUAUGUUUUCAAUGCCAACAUCAUCAUCGGCGCAACAACAACAACAGCCUCCAGUACUUUUUAAUAUGGCCAAUUUAAAUCAACACCAACAGUCGCAACAACAACAACAGCAAUUUGCAAUGAGAACAAAUCCCAUGAACAAUGGUAGCAACAACAUGCCAAAUAACAAUAGUUUUAAUAAUCUUCCCUUCAGUCAAGGUUUUCAAAGAAACAUGCCAAAUUUUAUGAAACAUUCUUCAAAUUCCUUUAAUAAUCGCUAUUCCAUGAUGUUUCCACCAGUUGGUGGUGGUUAUUAUCAACAAAAUGAUGGGUCACAAGAUUUUGCCAGUUUACCGCCCAUGGUCAAUAUUAUGGGCGGCAGUGGUGGUACAUCAUCCGAACAUGAAAACAAUUCUACUGAUGUUUUAGACGGCAGCGGUAGUAAUCCCAAUAUUAGUCGAGGUUUCAGAUUUAGUGAUCCUUGUUUAUUGAAUCCCUCGGAUAAUGAUUCGAAAUUAAGUGGCCAAAAUACACCAGAUCGUCGUAAUAAUUUACCCAAUGACAUGGAUCAAAAUAAUAAAUUCUUUAAUAUUUUAAUGGAACAAAUCCAAUUGUUACAUGAAACGAAUACGAAAAUAUGUCGAGAUUUGCAUGAAGCUAAAGGUAAGUUGAAAGGAGGUGAAGGAAAUUUGAUAGAUUACCUUUUGUAUAUGUAUUUUUUUUUUAAAUAAGUGUGAUUUUAAAAA